AUGGAAGGAACUGGAAGCUCAAAAGAGCCAAAGGAGAGGCGAACGACAGCGAAGAAGAAGGCUAAAACCAUUUCAGAUUAUUUUUCAGCUGCGCCAGGUGGUAUGUAUACAUCUUAUUUUGACUAAAAACUGCUUGUAUUAAGUGGUACCCAAACAUAUAUAUUACCAUGGCAUACAGUCAAGUAUACGCAAUGCGUAUUCAUGACUGUAUGCAUGCGUUGCGGUUUCAUAAACCGGCUUUAUCGACACCUUGCUUCCAGCAUGUUAGUGUCAACAUCAUUUGUAAAAACGUGACAAAUCCUAACAUUUCAGGAAAUGAAAGAACGAUUUACUACGAUCCUGCACAGGCCUGUGUCUCCCAGUCUGUCGCACAAAUAACUAGAACUCCAACUCGUACAAGUGAUGUCUACCAAGCCGCGUCCAGUCCACAGGUUUCUCCAGAAUGCCAUCGAGUGCCAACAGUUGUGAGCUCAACUUUGUCCAAAGUACAUGAGCCACAAGCAGUAAUACACGUCGACCCUUGCAAGAAAACAAAUAUAUCAUCCUAUAUGAACCCUCACCAACCAAAAAACUUUGAGUUUCCUAAAAGAAAAUUUUCUGGACAGAAUCGGUCUUUUCAGGCGGUAUGGUUUGAUAUAUUUUCUUGGCUGCACUAUGAUGAACAGCUUGACUCGGUCCUUUGUUUUUAUUACGCUCGCUAG